GAGGAGGCGGAUGAGUGCAGCAGCCCCGGGAGGGCGCGUGUGUGCGUGCGUGUGCAGCGGCGGCGUAUAGCCAAAGAUGAACAAGAACCACCGAGUGCCGAGCAGCCGAUCUCUGAGCGCCGUGGAGGUGAAGAGCAAGUUUGGAGCAGAGUUUCGGCGCUUCUCCCUUGACCGCUCCAAACCUGGCCGCUUUGACGAAUUCUACGGCCUUCUGCAGCAUGUUCAUCGAAUACCCAACGUGGAUCUGCUGGUGGGCUACACUGACAUCCAUGGAGAUUUGUUGCCAAUUAACAACGAUGACAACUACCACAAGGCUAUUACCACAGCGAUGCCUGUGCUUCGCCUCUUUCUGCAGAGGAAAGAGGAGGCAGACUAUUCCACAUUUGGCACCAACUCUUUAACACGCAAGAAACCUCCCCUUGCUGCAGUGCUCCUGCGACCUGAUGCAGCCAGGAAAAAGCCAGCAGUAGUCAUCAGCCUUCCUCGAGACUUCCGUCCCGUGUCCUCUAUUAUUGAUGUGGACGUGUUGCCUGAGACGCACCGGCGUGUGCGGCUUUACAAACAUGGUCAGGAAAAGCCACUGGGCUUUUACAUCCGAGACGGCUCGAGUGUGCGCGUCACACCGCACGGCCUGGAAAAAGCACCAGGCAUCUUUAUUUCGCGUCUGGUUCCCGGCGGCCUUGCCGAGAGCACUGGCCUGCUUGCUGUCAAUGACGAGGUGCUUGAGGUGAACGGUAUCGAGGUGGCUGGGAAGUCCCUGGACCAGGUCACAGACAUGAUGAUCGCGAACAGCCACAACCUCAUUAUAACAGUGAAGCCAGCUAACCAGCGAAACAACGUGGUGCGUCACAACAACGGUGGAGCAGCAUCAGGCAGCUCGGGUCGUUCCUCCGACAGCGGAGCCAGCUACUACAGCUACACGACCCCCGGUGCCAUGGCAACAACAACUGCACACAUCAUCCAGAAUUUCCAUUCUGAGGAAGUGGACAGUGAUGAGGAUGAUGAAGACUUGGUGAUCGAGGCAGGUGGACAUAGCAGGCUUGCGCCAGGGUCGGAGACAGAUGCAAGCGCCAGCAUGUCCACCCUUCCCAGGUACAAGCCUCACCUUGACCUCCGAAAUUCCAAUGGGACCUUUCAACCUUCUAUAAUGAGCAGCACAAGCACAGGGUCACCGAGGGCCGCCGAACGAGGUGUGCAGACACGGAGCCUGGAAGAGGACGGCACAGUGAUCACACUCUAAAGACAACAUCGACGAUAGACACAUGGCUGAGAUAAACACACUCGAUAUACUGUAUAUAUAUAUGCAGUAUAUAAUAAUUAUCCUAACCACAUUAUCCACAUACAGGCAAUUUUUCAUAAUUACAAUAUACAAUAUAUUUUACACAAACAUAUCACAGUCUCUUGUGCCAUAGGACCAGCAAUGAAUGUGUGUACUCUUUUCAGAUUCCUGAAUUCACUCUGUCACAAAGAGCAUCCCUUUUUUUUCUUUCUUUCUGGAAAAGCGCUUCAAAAACUCCACAACACAGCACUUCUCCAUAUGUGCACAUCUUUUUUUUUUCCUGCUGGACAGCCUCCUACACACUUCCCUCAAUGCUUGGGAGCAAAAUAAGUAAAGGAUUUGACUUGCUGAGUCUGAACUUAAUUGCACAUGUUUGCAGGUUUUUCCUGCCUUUGGAACUACGCAGAGAGAACUCUCUGAGACGCAAUAUCAGUGAUGACAAUCUGUUUUGACACCCUCACCUGAGUGACUCCGGCAUUUGAACCACAAACAAAUUUUAGUGACUUUUUGCGCUUUAUGAAUAGCACAGUAAAUGCUCUGUGGUUACACUGUUAAUCUUGGAGAGGCAUACGGAGGCCUGUGUGACGCUAGUUCAGCAGUCAUAUUUGCUUCCUGGUGUGCUUUGUCAUGUUUUUAUUGAACACUGUCUAAAUUUAUGAUGCUUCUAAAAAAAAUUUCUGUGCGAUCAAAUCCGCUUUUACCUAUAUUGAUUGGAAGAUUUAUAAGGCCUGUAGUGGGCCACAGUUAAUGCUUUUAAUCAUUGCCAAGGACCCAAGAAAUCAUAUUUUUAUAGCAGAUAUUUAAUUUUUUUUUUUUUUACACUUAAUGUUUAUGACAAGGGCUCUCUCCCUGCUCUCCUGAAUCUGAUUUAUGUGAUGCGUUUUUUCUUAAUGAUGUAAAUGAAGGCAGAGCAUGACACUAAUUGUUGAUCUGCAUCGGAGAUAAUGUACACGCCCACUCUGAUUUACCAUGCACUCUGAAGUGAAGUGUUUCAUGAAUGAGGAGUGUGUUUGUCUCCUGAAAUAAGAGCCAGUGCAGGAUAUUAGAUAUACAGUAGCAUAAACCAUCACCACCAAAAAGUCGUACAUGAAUACAAGCCACAAAAGGGGCACUUCUGUAACAUUUUAUUUUCCAGGUGACGUGCCGUGACUUAUCAAAGGAUGAACUUUGAAUUGAGCUCUGACCCACAGUAGAUCACCACCUAGUCUUUCUGUAAAACUGAAGCAGUGUAGCUAUGAACAUGGGUAGAGGAUUACAGGCCUGUGUGAUGUGGGCAUUGGCUGCAUAAUUCUUAUCUAAUAAAAAUAUGCUUUACAAAAGCACCUUCUGUCAUAAAAAAAAAACUGUUGCACUGCUAAGGCAAGAAUUCUCUUACCUCUACAAUAACAACGUACAUUUCCUCUAAUGCUUCUUGACACUGUCUGGCUUGUGUGAAAAUGUCUGUAAAUGAGAAUACAUUACACUUAAACUCCCACUCAAAUACAUUGCUUUAAGUUAACAUUAUUGCGUUAGACCUGUAUGGACAGCCCUUUUGUAUGUUCAAAGGCAAUAUAGCGAAAACACUACAUUUUAUAUUAAUAGAUGUACUGCAUAUACAUCUUAAAUGUGUUAAGAUUUUGAUAGACUGCUGUUCCUCAUGUACUUUUAACCAGUGUUUUUGGGUCCAUAGUCCAUUUAUCCAUACUGUAGAACAUGUAGCUUUAUCCUUCUCACUUGUACUUGACAAGAAUAAAAAACCACACACACUGGAUGACUGUGACCAGAACGCUUUCUAACCACUUCCUUCCCUACACACGUUAGACACUUUAAUAAACUCGCCAUUACAGCGGCUUUCUAUGGUACAUAUAAUGUAGUAUGACAGGUUUGUCCUCAUCAUAUAAUUUCAAGUUCUUUAUUAAAACAAGAUCAAAUUGCAUUUGAGAGAACUGUUAAUUUAUUUGAUUUUAUUUUUUUUAAUAACUAGAAAACACGGGAUUGUAACCACACUGACUAUUCUCAUGUCAUCUUUAAUCUCUAUUUUUGUGUUAAGCUUUCAUGUAUCUUUUUUUUUUUCUUUCUUUUCAUAGAGGAUCGUCUCCAUAUACUGUUUGGGGCCACUUAUUGUUGUAGACUUUAAAUUGUUAUAUAAUCUAGAUUGAAGAUAACGUGCUAUUUUCCAUACUGUGAAUUUAUUUCAUUUUUGGAGGACACCUGAAAGAAUCCGAGACCAUUGACUAAUGGGUUUCUCAUUUUUCUGUAUGUGUCAACUCCAUUCAUUUCUUAUUGAUAAUGAGCAAUGAUUAUUUUGCUUGCUAGAUAAAUCCUAAGGUAUAGAUUUGUACUGAAAUGACCAGUAUUUUCAUAAUGCUAUAUACUGUAAAUUUGUAUCUCAUUAAUUCAACUGUUUAAAAGGAUAAAUACUUUAUUAAGAUAUAGGUGCACAUGUAUACAUUAGUCGACAAGCUGGAUGAAAUAAACUAAUGUGUAGAAAA